AAGCGCAUUUAAGCGUAUCGUUGUGUUAAAUGAUCGAAUACCGUAGUUGAAAUUGUAAACAAAUGUUAUGCAUGAUAAUCAAAACCGUCUUAAUAUGGCUAUUAGCCCUAUACGUGUUCUUCGUUGGAAUACAAUUUUGGAUGCAAAACAAGAACUACAAUUUUUCAGCGAAAAUGGUUGAGGAAAUCGCUCUUAAGCAUAAAGACAAAGAACUCGCGAAGGCUUUCGAUGACAUAUACAAGGAGUUCUCAACGCGCUUUGCGGGUCACAUACUUCCGGAGUCGGACCGGAAGUGGCUGUUCAUGAAUGCCGGCGGCUGGAUGGGCGGAAUACAGAUCAUGCACGCGUCCAUCACGGAGUACCUGCUCUUCUUCGGAACCGGCGUGAACACUUCCGGUAACUCGGGUAGAUACUGGGCGAACAUUUCGGACACAAUUUUAACCGGUUCUUUCCGGCAAUGGAAGGAGGGUGGAUUCCAUUCGGAGGUUUUUGGACCAGGAGAGACGGUUCAUCACUACUGGGGCGAGGUCUCGGCCGUUCAGUGGGACGCGGGGACAUGGAUGGUGGAGUAUGGCCGUGGCUUCAUUCCGUCAACGCUGUUCUUCGCGUUGGCCGAUACGUUUACGUCUACGUUAGACGUUCUGACGUUGUACCACACUAUUUUACUGUAUGGGAAAUCAUUGACUUUGGAGGCACAAACGUGCAUGGGGGAAAUGUUUGGAUAAAUAUGACUGUGACUGAGUGCAUGGGGGAAAUGUUUGGAUAAAUAUGACUGUGACUGAGUGCAUGGGGGAAAUGUUUGGAUAAAUAUGACUGUGACUGAGUGCAUGGGGGAACUGUUUGGAUAAAUAUGACUGUGACUGAGUGCAUGGGGGAAAUGUUUGGAUAAAUAUGACUGUGACUGAGUGCAUGGGGGAACUGUUUGGAUAAAUAUGACUGUGACUGAGUGCAUGGGGGAACUGUUUGGAUAAAUAUGACUGUGACUGAGUGCAUGGGGGAACUGUUUGGAUAAAUAUGACUGUGACUGAGUGCAUGGGGGAACUGUUUGGAUAAAUAUGACUGUGACUGAGUGCAUGGGGGAAAUGUUUGGAUAAAUAUGACUGUGACUGAGUGCAUACUGAACGUUUUAUAGGUUUUCAUGACAAACGAAUUUGUAUUUUGCCACUAGUUUAUGGCAGCACCUUUUUCAUUUUUAGUAUGAUUGAGAUAUAAACUUCGUUUGAUAAACCUGCCAAAUUAAAAAAUGUAAUGGCUUACUUAAUUGCAAAAACAUGAUACACGUGUAGUAUACGUCAUAUACGAACGCCGUACUGGACGAGGCAAACAUAAUCGAGACCCAACGUGAAUAUCGCUGUUAAAUAAAAACCCUUAUUGGAAAUCGCCAACUAAACAAGGGAUGAAAGUAAUGGUACAAAGUCUGUUUUAUACAAUUGUAAAUCUGAAUACUCGAAGAUGUGUAUUGUCCGUACUAUUUUUUUGUAAAGGAAAUGCAGUUAUACUCAUAUACUUUUCAAAUUUAUUGAAACACAUGUAUACAUAUGAAUAUGUUUUAUUAAUAGCCUUUAGCAUUGUUGUUGUAGAUCUACUAUUGGGAUUUUCUCUCGACAUUUUUAAGUUUAUUGCAAUCCAAUAUUUUCAAUAUGUCCAAUAGUUUCAUAUUGAAAAUGUGUUCUGUUUCAUGUGAGUGAAUUAAGCUAUUUUUCUCAAAGUCUACACAAAACAUUAUCAUCCUACUUAUUUGUGUUGGGGGAUAAUUAUAAUAAACAACAUGUAUUCCACAAAGCAAUAGGUAAACUGGGGUAACUGCUUCCUUUCAUAACACGCGCAUAUUUUACGCAUGACCAGUCAACAUAUCUUACUUACAAAAUGCUUGUAAGCUAAGCAAUCUCAUUCAUAUGAAAAUAUAAUGUUGUAUGCGAACAUAAUUAAAUAAUGCUAGAUUUCACUGUUUUACCAAUUCAAUGUAGUCACAGUUGAUGGUUUCUAUAAGACGUAUAUAAGCUUAGGCAUAGUAUGCGCAGCGUUUGAUGAAAAUUGCACUUAAUGCAUGUGCUUAAAGUUUCACCCAGGUUAGCCUGUGCAGACCGCAAUCGGGGAUGACAAAUGUUUUUUUCCUUAUCGACCUUUGCGGGCUACACAGGCUUAUCGGGGACGACACAAGCACAUGCAUUAAGCCCUGUUUUACCAUAACGAGGCUAGUAUGUAUUAUUGGUCAUCCUUAAUCUGAUACGAGUACAUUCGAAUCCAUUUUCAGCUAUUCUUAUCCGGCGAGUGCAUGGCCAAAUACAGGUGUAUCAACUCUCCGACGAGUGCAUAGACAAAUAUAGGUGUAUCAACUCUCCGGCGAAUGCAUAGCCAAAUAUAGGUGUAUCAAAUCUAAGCUUAAGACAUUCCAUUUGUUGGUCUUAUGUCGAAAUAAAUGAUCCGAGACUGUA